UGUGGACCUACGGCGACCGCGCUGACGAAAGGAACGUGGACACCUGCACCCACGAUCACCGGAGGCAGAAGUCCCGCGUCGCAGUCUAUCUCCAGGGGACAGCGACCGCACACGCCCCGUCUCCCGAAGCGUUGGGAGCACGAGCACGCCCGGCGCGCCCCGCCUGCAGGGCUGCCGGCCGCCCGGCGCUCCCGGGGUCGGGGGACCCAGCUCUGCGCGACAUGGGGGCGGGGCGCGCGGCCGAGGGCUCCGCCGAGCAGGGUCCGGGCAGCGCGGCCCCGAGCCGCGGCUCUCAGCGCUGUCCACACGGCCACGCUCAUCUGCGGCUCCGCCUCCGGCCCCGGGUCCCGUCCCCGGGCCAGGCCCCCGCGCUGCCGGGCGCCGCGGCUUCACUCCGAGCGCCUCAGCCCAGGGAAACGACAACCCCGAGGGACCCUGAGGCGACACGCACCUGGCCGCGCCCCGCCGAGGACUGGGCCCGCCGGGCCAAACAGCAGCAACCACUGGAGACAGAAGGUCCCGGAGGCCGAGCCCGCGCCGGGCUUCAUCUCGGCAGAUCCCGCGGGUCCUCUCAGCACCGCGUCGCCUCUGCCUCCGCCUCCUCCAUCGCUCUCCAACCCUGUGGUGGCCCCAGGGCUGGCCGGGAUGCGCGCGCCCGGGUGCGAGCGCGCGCGCGGCACUGACGCAACUCGGUCCUUGGUCCGAGCGCGCUCCCGACAUCGCGCCCGCCGCGCUGACGUAGGAAAAAUGCAGUCCCCGGCGGGGGAAAGGGUUUCCAGAGCGGCCGCUAGAACCUGCCCCGGCCUGCCCCGCCGUCCCGCCCCACGGCCCCAGCCCCGCCUACUUUCGGGGUCGAGGGAGCCGAUUGGAGCAAAAGGAGGAGGAGCGGGAGACCCAAAGAGGAACCGGGAAGCAGAGGGAAGCGCAGCCCCGCCCCCUGCCCCGCCGUUUCUGGUUGGCUGGCAGGGCGAGCGGAGCGCCGAGCUGCGCGCCCAUUGGUUGCUUGGCGGAGAGGCGGGGCUACGCGAAGGCCGGAGCGGGCAGGGCUGGGGUUGGUGGGGCCCGCUGGGUCCGGGUCGAGGCCGGGUCUGCACCUGCGGGCCUGAGGAGAUGGUGCUGGGCGGGUGGCCGCUGAGUUACGUGCUGCUGUGUGGCCAGGCGGCUUUGCUGCUGGGGAACCUGCUCCUGCUGCACUGCGUCUCUCGGAGCCACUCGCACAAUGCCACCGCCGAGCCCGAGCCCACAUCCGCCGCCGCCGCCGCCGCCGCCCCGGAUGGCUUCGCCGGGGCGCUGAGCUGGGAAUAUGGCGACCCCAGCUCUCCAGUCACCCUCUGCUCCUACCUACCCGAGGAAUUUAUAGAAUGCGAAGACCCGGUGGAUCAUGUUGGAAAUGCAACUGCAUCCCAGGAACUUGGUUAUGGUUGUCUGAAGUUCGGUGGUCAGGCCCACAGUGAUGUGGAACACACCUCAGUUCAGUGCCGGGCCCUGGAUGGCAUUGAGUGUGCCAGUCCUAGGACAUUCCUAAGGGAGAAUAAACCUUGUGUGAAGUAUACUGGACACUACUUUAUAACCACUCUACUCUACUCCUUCUUCCUGGGAUGUUUUGGAGUAGAUCGUUUCUGCUUGGGACACACUGGCACAGCAGUAGGGAAGCUCCUGACACUUGGAGGACUUGGGAUUUGGUGGUUUGUUGACCUUAUUUUGCUUAUUACGGGAGGGCUGAUGCCAAGUGAUGGCAGCAACUGGUGCACUAUUUAUUAAAAUGCUCCUGUUACGGCCCAGGGGAGGCAAGUGAAUGCUCUGUCUCUGGAAUUCAUGUCUACAGGCUCAGAAUUCUUUUUUGAUAUCAGCCCUGACCAUUACUGUCCCCCUUUGGUGGGAAUGUUUGGUUAAGUAGCCUUCUUUGGACUUUGGGUAUUCAACCCAAAUUUCACCCUGCAGACUAGAAACGACAAGCAAACAGUGUUGUGGGAUUCACAUUCAUGCCUUUCCUCAUGUACAACAUAUCAAGGAUAGUGACGUAACGUAUAGGCAGCAGCAGGAUUUCCAUGCCCUUUGUUUCUGUACAUGGCUGUAUCUUCAGUCCUUUGGAGCAAGUGGAUCCACCACGAUGAGCAGAGUGAAUAUUUUUAUCCACGUGCCUUUUGUGGCCCUGAGUCUUCAUACAGAGGAGAUCUGAAGCUGAGCCAAUGAAAGUCUUCAGAAGUGGAAAUGGCCAUGGAUUUUAAUACACAGUGAAAUUCUGACUUUCUGAAUUUAAAUUGCAAAAUAAAUUUUGCCAAUCUGGAAUGCAUAUGAGUAUUUUCAGCAGGGAGAAUGAAACUCAAAAUUAUAUUUGUUUUUCUGAAAGGAUAUUCACAAACCCCAUCAGAAGUUGUUUUCUUAAAAAUAAAAAUCUUUGGCAGCUCCAAGACUUGAAAUCAUUAAUUAAUGUUGCCAGGAAGAAGAGCUUGAGUAAAAAGCCAGAAGUCUAUAUAAAUGAUUGAAGAAGCUAUUUUAUAGAAGAAGACUUUCUCACAAAACAGCUGUUGGAGACCAAAGCUGUUUCCACUGCUAGGACAAUAACUGAAGAAUGAUUAGUAACAUUCCUGUGUGACAACUGGCAAUUGUCAGUUUCAAUUUGACUUCUAAACAAUUCCCACUCUCUACAUCCACAACCCCUGGCCAAAUGUGAUACAACCUGCAAAACUGAUUAAAGAGUAUUAUUAAAAAUGUGAGUACCUUUGCCCUCUGGA